UGGGGCUGUGAACCCACAGCUUGGACCCAGAGCUGCAGGCUGAACUGCACUAGCAGGCAGAAUGAGGCUCACCUCGGCAUCUCUGCUGUUCACCCUGCUGGUCAGCAGCCUCUCUCCAGCCCAAGGUGUCCUGGAGGCCUACAACACAGACUUGAAGUGUGAGUGUGUUCAAGAGACUGCGAACUACAUCCCCAUACGCUUCAUCGAUCGGCUCCAAAUUGUGCCCCCUGGCAAUGGCUGCCCAAAGAGAGAAGUCAUAGUGUGGCUGAAGACGAAGAUAGCUGUAUGUGUGAAACCUCAUGCCAAAUGGCUCCAAAAACUCAUACAGAUACUGCAGAAAAAAACUAUGCUUUCAACUCCACCAGCUCCAGUGAUUUAGAGAAUGACCACCUGAGACAGUGUCCCCACUAAGAGUACCUACAUUCCCCCUUACCUCUGCUCUGGAUUUUAGUUUGUGUUUGGUUGAAUCAUGUCCAAGAACAAAUUCUUCUCUGUGCAAAUGAGCGUGAGACUGUAUGUAAGAAUAACCUUGCAUAAGCUGACGGGGCACACCCAAGCUUCUUCAGACACAUUGCCCCAUAUGCUACAAGUGUCUAUUCGUACUCAUCAGGGAGGAGUGUUUCUUUGAGAAUUGUUGCAUUACAAACUACAUUGGUUCUUUUGAUAAUACUUUCAUAUCUAUUGUUUAAUGCAAAACUUCUCUAGGAAAUGAGGGAAUGAGAACUUACACUUCAAACCUGAACAUGUGACUUGAAUUAGAAGAAAAUGAUGGAUGUAUUUCGAUCAUUUGAUACCCAAAGAGAAGCAGGCCCCUAUGACACACUCAAAAAGUAGCCUGGGAAACUGAUGGAAUACCAACCUGACGAGAGGCAAAGGGAUCUACACAGUAGACUACUGUGCUUAAAAACUCAUUGUUGAGGCGAGCACUGGGCCUCAUGGUUAAGACACCCACAUCCCAUAUUCGAGAGCCUGGAUUGAAUACCUGCCUCGGCCCCUAACUCCACUUCUUGCUAUUACAAACCCUAGGGGGUCGCACUGAUGGCUCAAGUAAUUGGAUUCCUGCCACCCACAUGGGACCCUGGAUUGAGUUCCUUGAUCCUGGUUUUGGCCCCAACCCAGCGCCAGCUGUUGCAGGCAUUUGGGGGCUAAAUCAGCAUAUGGGAACUCUUGCUCUUUUUGCUCUGUGUCUCUGCCUUUCAGAUAAAUAAAAUUUUUUAAAAAUCAAAAUAAAAACCUAUUGAGGACA